AUGGGCGGAGGGGAAGAGGGUAGAGGAGGAAUAGGGGGCAAAUCAACAGUAAUGGGGCGAUACGAAGGCACGAACAAAUUUUUGGGCGAUGGAGACGGAGAUAUUUGGAUGGUUGGAAUUGGAGGAUUUGAAAGUGUGAAUGAUGUGGACGAGCUGAAUGGAGGUGCAGACUUCGGAGAAGGAUCUUUAAAGGGCGAUUCAACGUCGGUUAUUCUGGGCCCUUCACUUGACGAGGAAGCAGAUGAAAAGGUCGUUGUACCAGAAGAAAAGGAAACGUUGGGGCUGAAAGAGGUUGUUGAAAAAGGAAUAGGUGUUCCAGAUGAAAUAACGACUCCAUCACUAGGUCUCGUAAUUCUAGUCGAUGUGGCGGUAGUGACGCCCGGCGAUGUCUCGACGACAACCAGUAAGCCAGCUCCACUAGUGAUUGCCCCCUGUUUAGACCGCUGCGGGGAGACAAGUCUUGUAGCACAAGGAGGGCUAAAAGGAUCCUCUAUGUCUGUUAGAAUUGGGAUCAUGAGCUAG